UUUAAGGAGAACCAAAAGUUUGUAUGCCCUUUAUUUUGUUUGUUUGUGUUUCCUAAUUUGUCUCUUAGCUUCACCAAAUUUUUGCAUCCAAUAUAAAUGUCUACAGAGGUUGUGUUGUUGAAAACAUGCAAACAGAAAAGUCACAGAAGAGCCGAAAGAAGGUAGCAUUAAACCAGCUACAAAAAUUUGUUCAGAAAAUGCAUAGCAAAAGUAAACACUGAAUUUAUUGCUCUGGCUCAACCCCCACAUUGCCGGUUCACAUGCAUUUCUUCUUCCUUUGAAAUCUGAUUUAUCCACACCCCUUUGUAUUUAUUACCUCACAUAUAACUCCACUUUGAUCAUUAUCAUCAUCAUCACCAUCAUCCCCUAGACACAGUUCUGAGACAACACACCUGCACAUUCCUUUCCAUCUUACAAUGCCAGAGACUUUCACUGUGAAAGUUGAAGAGGGAAGGCCUGCAACUGAUGGAAAACCAUCUGCAGGUCCUGUCUAUAGGAGCAUUUAUGCUAAAGAUGCUCUCUUGGAAGUUCCUUCUCAUUUGGAAUCACCUUGGGAUUUCUUCAGGGACUCUGUUAAGAGGAACCCCAACAGCAAAAUGCUUGGUAGGCGUCAAAAAACAGAAUCUAAGGCAGGUUCCUACAUAUGGCUUACAUAUCAAGAGGUUUAUGAUGCUGCCUUGAAACUGGGUUUUGCCAUGAAGAGCCGAGGUGUUAAUCCAGUGAGUUUACAACAUUCCUUGUUCUUUCAAGAUAAUUGUAUUGAAUCACUGAAUAAUGGGAAAUUGAUAGUCUAACGAAUGGUUUUAAAUCACAGGGAGAUCGUUGUGGCAUAUUUGGGUCCAACUGCCCUGAAUGGAUCAUUGCAAUGGAGGUAUACCACUUUCUUAGUAUCAUC